CUGGCGCUGGCUGUCCGGCUGGCGCGGGACAAGCAACGCCGCUUCCGAGUCAUCGCCACCAUGAGGAACGUGGGCAGGAGCGGGGCGCUGGCGGCGGCGGCGGGUUCGGCGCUGGGCCGGACGCUGGAGAUCAAGCAGCUGGAUGUCUGCGACGAGGGCUCCAUCCGCGCCUGCCUCGACGGCAUCCCCGGGCGCCACAUCGAUGUCCUGGUCAGCAACGCCGGGGUGGGCAUGGUGGGACCCCUGGAGUGCCAGAGCCUGGCGGCCAUGCAGAGCCUCAUGGACACCAACUUCUUCGGCCUCGUCCGCCUGGUCAAGGAGGUGCUGCCCGACAUGAAGCGACGCCGCGGGGGCCACAUCGUGGUCAUCAGCAGCAUCAUGGGCCUGCAGGACACACUGCGGGUGAUCGAGGCGGCCCGGCCGCCCUUCCGGCACCAAACCAAUGUGGCGUACACGCCGAUGGCCGCGCUGAAGCACGCCGACCCCAGCGGUGCCCUCAUGACCGACGCUUUCUACAAGCUGGUGUUCAAGUACGACGCAGUGCUGCGGCUCAGCCUCCGUGCCAUCCGCCUGCUCCGCUGGAAGGCCCAGAAGGUGAAGGAGGGCGCCCGGCUGCUGGGCUUCAAAUAG